AUGGAAGGAGUUGAAGAGCAGGUGGCUGAAGAGGCUGUAACUGAAGAGGGUGGAGCAAAGGAGGACGCGGCUGAUGAGAUGUUGGCAGAUGUCGUUGAUCAGUGUCUUGUGAAUUGCUUGCGUGUUUCUGGGUUGUGGCAUGUUUGGCCUACGUCUGGAGACUUCUCAAUGAGAGUGGCUCGUUUAGCCUACAUCCAUAGACGUGUCGAUAAGUGUGACUCGUUUGGCCUACGUCCGGAGACGUGUCGAUGA